AUGGAGGAGGCAACACACCUUAGCUAUAAUGAUGCGAUCGAAGAGCUUCGCGUCAAGGAGUAUCCCAUGUUGCAGGGCACGACUUAUCUGGAUCAUGCCGGCACCACGCUUUACGCCAAGUCGCUGAUCGAGCGCUUCUCUGCUGAUAUGAUUGCGAACCUCUACGGCAAUCCUCACUCCGCCUCCAAUGCCUCCCAACUGACGACGCGACGAAUCGAAGAUGUACGACUGCGCCUCUUGCAAAUGUUCAAUGCCGAUCCUCAGGAGUUUGACGUCGUAUUCGUAGCCAACGCUACUGCCGGGAUAAAGCUGGUCAUGGAUGCAUUUCGCGAUCAGGAUGAAGGAUUUUGGUAUGGCUACCACAGGGAUGCGCAUACAAGUCUGAUAGGGUUACGCGAGGUAGCGAAGGAGCAUCGAUGCUUCGCUUCGGACAACGAGGUCAAUGACUGGAUUAACAGUCAAGACGUUGGAGUUGGAGUUGGACCGGCACAGCUGUUUGCAUACCCAGCGCAAUCCAACAUGAACGGGCGUCGCCUGCCGUUGGAGUGGGUACAACGCAUACGCACGGGGAACAGAAAGCAUGUCUACACUUUGUUGGAUGCUGCGGCACUUGUCUCGACAUCGCCUCUUGACCUUGGGAAUCCUAACGAGGCCCCCGACUUUACCGUAUUGAGCCUUUACAAAAUGUUUGGCUUUCCCGAUCUCGGCGCUCUGAUAGUUAGGCAAGCAUCAGCAUCGGUAUUCGACAAGAGACGCUACUUUGGUGGCGGCACUGUCGAGAUGGUCGUGUGCUUGAAAGAGCAAUGGCACGCGAAGAAGGUUGACUCGCUACACGAGAGGUUAGAAGAUGGCACUCUGCCGAUACAUAACAUCAUGGCGCUUGAUAGCGCAAUGACUGUUCAUCAGGAGCUCUAUACAUCAUUGGACCAAAUCUCGAGGCACACUACAUUUCUUGCUCGGAAGCUGUACGAAGGGCUUUCGUCGUUACGGCACGGGAAUGGUGCAGAGGUUUGCCACGUAUACAAAGACCCGGCCUCCACCUAUGGGGAUUCGCUUACCCAGGGCCCAGUUGUUGCAUUCAAUCUUCGCAAUCAAUGCGGUGGCUGGGUAAGUAAUGCAGAGGUGGAGAAGUUGGCUGCAAUCAAGAACGUCCAACUCAGGACCGGCGGGCUUUGCAACCCUGGUGGUGUUGCCUCGUCACUAGGAUUAGCACCCUGGGAGAUGCGAGAGAACUUUUCUGCCGGGCAACGAUGCGGUAACGACAACGAUGUCAUGCGUGCGAGACCGACCGGCAUGGCACGCGUCAGCUUCGGAGCUAUGAGUACCCUAUCGGAUGUCGACAAGUUUGUUGACUUUGUGAGCGAGUUCUUCGUUCAAGAAUGUCUGCCGCUAGAUGUGUCUCCAAUAAUGUCUGCCGCUGUAGAGCCACCAACGCAAAGUCGCUUGCACGUGGAAAGCCUAUCUGUCUACCCUAUCAAGAGUUGCGCAGGGUUCAGCGUACCGCCGGGUAGAGCAUGGGAGGUGCGCCCAGAGGGUCUUGCGUGGGAUCGUGAGUGGUGUUUGGUCCAUCAAGGCACUGGAGCAGCACUGAGCCAAAAGCGCUACCCGAAGAUGGCUCUCAUACGUCCCAGUAUCGACCUCGAGAAAGGAUUGCUACGUGUGAAUUUGGCGGGCGCCCUACAGACCAAUACCGACCUGCAUGAGAUCACUGUACCUCUUUCCGCGGAUCCACGGAUGUUUACAGACGAAAGCGUAUACAAAGAAGCGAGAGCUAAAGUCUGCGGAGAUUCUAUCGAAGCCAAAACGUAUAGGGCAAGUGACAUAUCGUCAUUCUUUACGCGAGCUCUCGGAGUGGCUUGCCACCUUGCGCGCUUUCCUGCCGUUAGCAACGGGAGUGCCAUCUCAAGACACUCGAAAGCGCAUCUGCAGAAAUACCAGAAAGCGGGCGCUAUGCGAGUACCCGGCGCCUUUCCAGAAACGGUUCCCAUUACGCCCGGCGCGUGCGUUUCGAAGCCAAUUUUGCUAGCAAAUGAGAGUCCCAUCCUUACUAUAUCACGAUCGAGCCUCAACCGCCUGAAUGAAUUGAUCAAAGCGGAGGGCGGUAAGGCGGCGCAAGCAGAGGUAUUCAGAGCCAACAUUGUGGUUGCGGAGAACCCAGCGUACCCGCCUGGGCUGGAAGACCCAUAUGCGGAAGACGACUGGCGCUACCUCCAGAUUGGCCGGCAGUACUUUGAGAUGCUGGGAGCGUGUCGUAGAUGCCAGAUGGUUUGCAUUGAUCAGCAAACCGCCGAAAGAAACCAGGAACCAUUUGUAACGCUUUCCAAAACACGUCGUUUUGAUGGUCGCGUCUACUUCGGAGAGCAUACUUGCCAUCUGCCCUGGGAUGAUGUGUCAUCUCCCCUUCGACAGAAUCCCACCAUCACGGUCGGCGAUGCAGUAAGCCCUAUUAGAGAGGAUGAGAUACAUCAGAACAGUCACCUGCAGGCCCUCGUAGGCUAA